UUAGAUUUGUGAGUGUAGGUAGGAUUUGGUGGUGAAAGUCUCUGUUUGUCUCUCUCUCUCUCCUCUCUCUCUCUCUCUCUCCCCUCUGGCUCGAAUUCUGGAAGCCUCAAAGACAAUUCCAUCCAGUCGCACCCGAAAACCUCGUAAACCCUUUUCUUCCCGUUCAUUUCUUUGCUGAUUGACGCGAGCGAGUUGAUAAAUGGCGACUCAGUUCCCGGUCGAUUUCAAGUGCCCGAUUUCGCUCGAAAUUAUGUCCGACCCGGUUAUACUCUCUUCGGGUCACACCUUUGAUCGGGCCUCCAUCCAACGCUGGCUCGACGCCGGCCACCGCACCUGCCCAAUUUCCAAACUGCCCCUCCCCGACCACCCUUCCCUCAUCCCCAACCACUCCCUCCGCAGCCUGAUUUCCACUUAUACCCUUCUCUCCCCUGCCAAAUUACAACACCAGUACCACCAGCACCACCACCAAUACCAUCACCACCGCCAGCAGCGCCACUCCCAGCCCCAAACCCCUGUCUCGACGCUUACCUCCCCAGCUUCCACCCUCGAGUCCAAGCUCGAGUCGCUCGACCAGCUUACUCGCCUCUCCAAGCGCGACGCUGCCUUCCGCGCCAAGCUGACCGAGUCCGGCGCCGUUUCCGCCGUCCUCAAGUGCGUUGACUCGGAAGAGCCCCGCCUCCAGGAAAAGGCGCUGACUUUGCUGCUCAAUGUUAGCUUGGACGACGAUAACAAAGUGGGUCUUGUCGCCGAGGGAGCAAUCGCUCGAAUCGUGGAGGUGCUCCAAGGUGGGUCCCCCAACAGCCGCGCCGUGGCGGCGACGAUGUUGACUAGCUUGGCGGUGGUGGAGGUCAACAAGGCCACAAUCGGGGCAUACCCGUGUGCAAUUCGGGCUCUGGUUUCGCUUCUCAGGGACGGCAAGAGUCGAGAGCAGAAGGAGGCGGCGACGGCGCUUUACACCAUCUGUUUGUUCCCGGAUAACCGGCGGCGGGCGGUGGAAUGUGGGGCGGUGUCGUUUUUGAUCCGAAUUGCUGAAUCGGGCCUCGAACGGGCGGUUGAAGUUCUCGGUCUUUUGGCGAAGUGCAAGGAAGGUAGAGAAGAGAUGGAGAGGUUUAAUGGAUGUGUGGGGAUUUUAGUGAGGGUUUUAGAGAAUGGGAGCUCCAGGGGAGUUCAGUAUGCCCUGCUCACAUUGAAUUCGCUUUGUUCUUACAGCGAACGGAUGCGUGUGGAAGCGAAAAAUGAAAGGGCUUUAUCACUUUGUGUAGGUUUGGUUGAAGAUGACAAUGAAGGGAUUAGAAAAAAUUCUUCUAAUUUGGUUCAGGUUCUCAGUGGGAACCAUUCCAUGAGCUGAACUGCGAAUGGAAGUCGAAGAAAUUAUCGAUUUUGCGGGUUAGAAUGGUUGGCAUCAGUGGAGGUGAGUUGCGUUUUUGGUUUAUUGUUUCUCCUUCUGUUGGGAUAGUUUUAUGUACAAAAGAAAAGGGAUUAGAUUUUUGUUGGGAUAUGGUUCUUUGUUUCUUGUACAUUCGAAAUAAAAAAUAGCACACAGAUGAGCUGGAUUUCUGUUGUGAUGUAUGUAUUAUGAAAGUUUCAAAUUGGUAAUCUGAAUUGUAAGUUGCCUCAGCUUAUAGAAUUUUUUCGGUUUCCCGGAAAUGAA